AUGCUCGAUGGGUCGAGCCCCCAGGCCGGAAAAAUCUGGAAGAAAGCUAACCUGACCUUCUCCCUUGAUGGCAAGAAAAUGACCGAGACCUUCCUUAUAUGCAAUACAGGGUCUCAUGCCGCCAUCCUGGGGUUGAAAUGGUUGGAUGCACAUAACCCAGAGAUUGAUUGGAACGCGCAAACCCUCUCCUUUCCCCAUACACCACCAGAACACGUGGCCAUUGCCAAAGAAGAAGAAGCUGAUCAGAAACCCCUUGAAGGAGUACCCCCGGAAUACCACCAGUACACCAAGAUAUUUGGGGAGGAAGAAUUCAACAAGCUUCCCCCACACCGGCAUUAUGACAUUGGGAUUGAACUCACGGAGGAAGGCCCCCUCAAUUUGCCUCUCUAUAGUAUGACCAAUGCUGAGUCCGCUACGCUCAAGGACUGGCUUAGGGACGAACUCAAGGCGGGCAAAAUACGCCCUAGCAAGUCUUCCAUCAGUUCCCCUGUGAUGUUUGUCCCUAAGAAGGACGGUUCCCGCCGCUUGGUUGUUGACUAUUGCCGCUUGAAUAACCGGACCAAGAAAAACGUUUACCCGUUACCCCGUCCCAACAACCUCAUGGCCCAGCUCCGUGGCGCCAAGGUCUUCACCAAACUAGACCUAAGAUGGGGUUACAAUAACGUCCGGGUUAAGGAAGGUGACAAAUGGAAAACCGCGUUCCGUACCAAGUAUGGCCUGUACAAAUCCCUUGUCAUGACCUUUGGCUUAACCAACGCCCCGGCUUCAUUCCAACAUUUUAUGAAUGAUCUGUUCAAGGACCUGCUUGAUGUAUGCGUCAUCAUAUACCUUGAUGACAUUUUGAUCUACUCCAAGGAUGACGCAACCCACACCCAGCACGUUCACAAAGUCCUACGCCGGUUAAUGGAAAACCAAUUGUUCUGUAAAGUGUCCAAGUGUACCUUCCAUGUCACUUCCGUAGAAUACCUGGGAAUCAUUGUUUCGGACAAAGGGUUCAGCUUGGACAAGCUCAAGAUCCAGGCUGUACAGGAAUGGCCUACGCCCACUAAGGUUAAAGAAGUUCAAUUGUUCCUAGGCUUUGCCAACUUCUUACGCCGGUUUGUUGCCAACUUCAGCCACAUGGCAAGGCCAUUACACAACCUGGUCAAGAAAGACACGCCGUGGAAGUGGGACACCAAAGAACAGGAAGCGUUCCAAGGGUUAAAGGACGCCAUCACCAACGCCCUGGUCCUCUGUCACGCAGACCCCAGUAAACCGUACUUCCUCGAAACGGAUGCGUCCGGCGCAGCCCUAGGUUCCAUACUCAGUCAACGGCAGAGAGACGGAUGCCUGCACCCGCUAGGAUUCCUGUCAGAAUCAUUUAAGGGAGCGGAACAGAAUUACAACACCCAUGACAAGGAACUGCUAGCCAUCAUCUGGUCCUUUGAAUACUGGCAGUACUGGAAGGAAUCCCGCACAUUCAACCAUCGUCACGCCAGAUGGCACCUAUUACUGGCUGGAUAUAACUUCCAGAUUGUCUAUUGCCCUGGGAAACAAUUGGGAAAGCCAGAUGCACUUUCACGGCGAUUGGAUCAUGCCAACAUACCACCUGCCAAUCAAACCAUGCUCCCCAACCCCGUAUUUGCCAACGUAGCACUAGUCACUCCCAAGAAAGAGCUCCAGCGCCAAAUUGAGGCCAGCCUAGACCAAGACAAAUCCCUGGAGGAAAUCUUACAAUUCCUCCAGAAUGAGUCAAAGGCACCGCCGUCCAUCAAAAAGGCAUUCAAGGACUACGGGAUGGAGGCCGGACUACUCUUCUACCAAGGGCAAAUUGUGGUCCCUGACGUUGGAACUCUGAGGACAGACCUGCUCUGCAUAUUCCAUGACAGCCCCUUAGCAGGACACCCAGGAAGACAACAAACCCUAGAACUGAUCUUGAGGGACUACUAUUGGCCCGGAAUCCGCGCCGACACCUACUGGCACGUGGACUCCUGUGAAACUUGUCAACGGAUCAGAAAACCUAAGUACGCUCCCAUCCCUCCGCUACCACUUGAACUCCCAUCCAGGCCAUGGCAACACGUUUCCUAUGAUAUGAUUGUAGACCUACCAAAGGAUGGAAACAACGACUCCAUCCUAGUCAUAGUAGAUAGCUUCACAAAAUAUGGAAUCUUUGUCAAAUGCUCCAAAAAGCUCAAAGCACCCAAGCUGGCGGAACUGUUCCUGGAGCACGUGUGGAAACGCCACGGAAUGCCGGAGAAGACAAUCUCAGACAGGGGCAGAGUCUUCAAUAACAAGUUUCUACGAGCGCUCUACAAACGAUUAGGCAUUGACCCACAUUUCUCCUCGGCCUACCACCCACAAAGCGACGGACAAACGGAACGAGUAAACCCCUCUAUUGAGCACUUCCUAAGGGCUUACUCCGGUAUCAACCAAAGGGAUUGGACAAAGUGGCUCCCAAUGGCGGAAUUUGCCUACAACAACGCCAUACAUAGCAGUACUGGGAGAACCCCAUUCAAGGCCUUAUAUGGAUGGGAACCUUCCCUAACUCCGUCAAACAUACCUACAGAUGUCCCAGAAGCCGACAAGCUAGCUCAGACAAUGGAAGCCCAAUGGAAAGAAGUGGAAGCAGCGCUCCGGCAAUCUAAGACAAGAAUGACCACCGGGGAAGAAGGAAGCCCAACUGCGUUCAAAAUAGGGGAGGAAGUCUGGCUUGAUGCCAAGAAUAUCAAUCUCAAAACCCUAAGCCCCAAACUGUUGGAACAACGCUUAGGACCCUUCAAAGUUUGUGAGAAGAUUUCCAACCGCGCAUACCGGCUUGAGCUUCCCCCAACCAUGCGCAUCCAUAAUGUCUUUUACGUAGGACUAUUGUCAAAAGUCAAGAAGGAUGACAAACGUACCUUUGAGAAACGCCCCCCUCCAGUCACCAUAGACGGGGAAGAAGAAUACAAAGUGGAAGGGAUAACAGACAUGGAAGAAAGGAACGGGAAAUGGUUUUUCAGAGUCAAAUGGAAGGGCUAUGGACCGGAAGAGAACACAUGGGAGCCCCAAGAAAACCUCAAAAAUGCGGGAAAAAUUUUAAAGAAGUAUGAGGAAGAAAUGAGAAAGAAGGCCCUUGGCGCCGCCAAGGCCCUUAGAGGGGGGGCAGUGUUGUAG